UGGUUUUGUAUUCUAAGUCUCUGUCUAUGUUUUGUACAAAUUAAUAUAGUUUUGAUAGAGGUAUGGUUAUGUAAAAUACCCAUGUGGUAUAGAACAAACCUGCCUCCCCAACUGAUGCCACUCUUCUACCUUAAUUCAUCAAUCCCUUCCCUGGUUGUUGUUCUUUCAGAGGGUGUGACACUGACCCUCACCCCUGACGAGGGCACUACUCUCAACAUCAGCCAGAGUUCAGAGUGCAGCAGGAGGUCAAAGUGUACGGUAUGCACCGGUACAAGCUUGAAGAAGUCCUGUUCCAGGGCUGGAAGUGAUUAUGUGGUGCUGCUGACAGACCCCAAAGUUGCUGUGAACAUGGAGUUCACCUGCCCCAAACCAGAGGAAGUCUUCACUGUGGAAGUGGUCAGGGAAAUAGAUUGUACCACAAGGUCCUGUAAUGGAGACAUCACCCCCAUUGAGUCUAGAACCGGAAUGCUUCCACUCCAGAACUUCACCUUUAUUUGGAACCUGAAGCCCCCGGUUCCAUGGGCGUUCCAUUUGGACUUCACCCAGAUGGGGCUGAGACAGAUCCUGCCCUCUGAGAGAUGUCCAGACCAGCACACGUAUACCCUGCUAGCCCUCCAGAGGACAGGGGAGGCUGCCAUCGGGACGUACUACUGUCUCUGGGGCUCAGGUCUUGAACCAGGGCAGGCUCUCUCUGGAGGUCACCGGAAGACGGAAACUGAACCCCACCAUGUUCAACACUUCUGUUGGAGAGGAAAUCAAAUGCGAGUUGGUCAGACAGUGAUUUCAGAAUACUGAAGUAAAAUCACAUUGUUUUAAUUUCAUUAAUAUAAAUGGAUUACUUAUGUCUGUAUGUUUUUAGUGGACCUGGUUAACCUUGUAUUUUCUGACACUUCAUCAACAUAUCAUUGUCCCUCAGCACUUGCUGUCCUCAAAGUGACUUUACCGGAAGGGACGUCAUCUUUGGAGUUGCUCUCUCCAAACUACCCGAAUAGUUUCCCUGACGAUGACCUGAUGGAGUGAAAGUUUGUGGUCCCUCCCAAACACAACGCUACGGUUGUCUUCCUGGGUCAGACCCAGCCGCUGUGCCUGAAGAAGGAGCCGGCCGUGGAGUAUCACCAUGGUAACGGUGGUUCGCAGUGGUGAAGAAGCUGUCGGACCUCCAGCCGGCCAAACGCCGGGACUCCUUCUCCCUGAUCCUAAGGAACUGUGAGAUGAACAGGAUCGGAGAAGGCUCCAAUGUUCCAACAUCUAGUGGAAAGCCUUCCCAGAAGAGUGGAGGCUGAUACAGUAUAUCAGCAAGGGGAGGACCAACUCCAAAUUAAUGCCCAGGAUUUUGGAAUGAGUUGUUCAGCGAGUGGGUGUCCACAUAUACUUUUGGCUAUAAAGUUACAUCUUUAAUAAAUUGUUUUAUAUAAAAGUAGCACUGUAACUACAAAUAUGGUAUUCUCCCCCUGAUGUACACACAGAGAGAUACAUUGUCACGGUAUGCCCAAAGCAAGGAGUACCAACUCUCUGGCCACCCCUAGUUGGCAUGUGGGAAUGAAGUCCUACUCCACUGUGUCCUGGAUCGUCGAUGUCCCCUCUAAGCUGGAAGCUCACCUCAUGUUCGACAACAUCAGCCAGCCCAAGUGCAGCAACCGCCACACGGGCAUCAGGUACAACCAGAAGAGGAUGGGUACCCCUCUGAGACGUCCUCUCUAGGAUUUUUCAUUCUAGGGAGUUUUUCUUGGCCACUGUGGUCCUGCUUCUUCCUUGCUUGGUCUUGGGGUCCAGGCCGGAUUACUGUAAAGCACUUUAUGAUGUGCUGUAAAUAAAUGAAUGUGAUUUGAUCAGGGUGCAGAUCCUGGGCUCCCUGGAGGAGAUGUACAGCCAGCGGGAGGACGAGGAGGCAGUCAGGAAGAUCCCUGUCUCAGAGAGCUUCUACCUCAACAUGUCCAACUGUAUGCCUGAGAAAGGAGACUUCAGCGUGCUCACACAGAUCACACUGCACAAGGACAAGAGUGAGUGACCGACCGUGUGGAGCAGUCAUGAUAAGCAGUGUUGUUCUAUCUCCUCUCAGUGAAAAUCUAACGCUCAAUGUUUCUCAGCAUUUCUCUGAUAUUUUGUUCAGUCUGGUCUUACUACACUGAGUAUACCAAACAUUAGGAACACCUUUCUAAUAUUGAGUUGCACCCCUCCAUUUUCCCCUCAGAACAAACUGAAUUCAUUGGAGCUUGGACUCGCUCAGUAGGUAGGAUUAUGCAGCUGCCUACGGCGGCAGAUUGACGAGGGUGGCAUUUUAUGAGCUAAACUGGCCAUUUUAUGAGUCAAACUGACCAAACAAUGACAAUUUUUCUCGACCAGUGGCAAAUGGGAUUUUUAGGUGAGCAUUGAUGCCGCCCUGUGAUAAGCAGUGCCCACUUUGCUUGUCCAUUCCCAGUGAGUUUGUCCAGGGUUCUAUUGGAGACACAUCGCUAUGGCUCUGUAUCAUCAUUCCGUCCAAACAAUGAUCUGACAUGAGUCAUGUAGCGGAUAUAGUAUAUGGUAGAACGAGUAUGUGGCCUGUUGUGGAAUAAUCAGAAUUUGUUGGUAACAUAUGUAAGAUGUUUUACAUUCAUCAUAUGUUUGUAAGUUACUUCUCAUCAAGAAUGUUAUUUUUGUAUAAUAUUGUGGCAGGGUUGCAGUUAUCUGUUCUAUGUCAAGACUAAGUUGCAUGGGCCGCAGAGAGGGGAGAGGUCAAAGUAUCAUCAUGUGUAAACAUAUCUCUUGGCUCCACAAUGUCUGUGUGCCAGUCAGCGUGUCUCUGUGAUCUUGUCAAGAUAGGAUUGGUUGUAUUUAGAAUUGGUUGUAUCUAAAUGACAAUUUGAUAUAUGCCUGUUGAUAUGGAGGAUUGGUUUAUGGUUCUGGGGUUUGAGUAAGGAGACAAAGCUGAACGAUUUAUUAUGUCUAUGCUGUCUGACUAUGUGUGUUCUUUGCUAUUAAAGGAUGGCAGUUGCAAUGCAGAAGGGGCUCUCACGCUGAUAAUCAGAACUUAAAUAGAAAAAAUUGAUUAGUCACAGGAAUCCGUACUAAUAAAGCCAAUGCAACGGCCUGUUUUACAAACAGUGGGCCUAGUACAUGGAUGGGAAUUCAUCAAAUUCCAUUGGGGGCCACAUGGUA